AUGUCAACACCUGCACAAAAGGCCAAUCUCGCCCGCAUCCGAGACAACCAGAGGAGAUCCCGAGCUCGCAAAAGAGAAUACCUGCAAGAUCUGGAGAAUCGCCUACGGGUAUGCGAGCUCCAGGGCAUCGAGGCCUCUGCAGAAGUGCAGAUGGCUGCCAGAAGGGUCGCCGAAGAAAACAGACAGCUCCGCGAGCUCCUCCAGAAGCAGGGCCUUAGCGACGACUACAUCAACCACUAUCUGCAGAGCGCCAUGCUGUCAGCGCCUGAUCUGGCGAGCCCGACCUCGUUUGGAAGCAAUCCGGGACCACCCGUACAGUCUCUGCAGCAGCUCCUUACUCCGCGACGACCCAAUUCCCUCGACCCCAACGUCCCCUUCCCCUUACCGACUCAGGCCAGCCGGGAGACCUCCGCUACCAGUGUCUCAACCACCACCUCCUCGCUCUGGGAGGGAAACCAACCGGCAAUGUCUUCUCAAUACACCCACCACCAGGCAAUGAACGUCCCCGGCGCCAUGGCCGCGCCGACAAGUGGCCAGUCGUACUCGGCGUCGGUGUACUCCAGUGAUUCGGCCUCCCAGGUGGAACCGUAUUCUGCGCACCAGCAAAAUAGUGUGCUGGGAAGUCAACGCCAACCGCCGCUAAACUCGCAGCAGAUCCAGUCUGGUAUGCAAGGGGGCAUGGCUAUGGGGUACGCAGAGCCAACCUCUUCAUAUAAUCCAAACGGACGAGAUUUUGGACCGCCUAGCGUGUUCUGA